AUGAACUGCUCUAUGUUCCUGGCCAUUGAUGAGAAGUGGGGUCCCCACACCAUUGACCAGAUGGCCACUGGCCACAACACCCAGCUCCCACACUACCACUCCCACUUCUUCAAACUGGGGAGCGCCACCACCAACUGCCUCAUGCAGGACUGGCUAGUUCAAGCACAGGGCGCCACCGCCACCAUCAUCACCCCAAUGUGGAGUGGGUGCCUCUGGCACCAGGACCUCAAGGACCUCAUGAUCAACACACUGAUCCCACUGCAUGCAUUGGAGGAGAUGUUCCUCAGCAAGCACAGGACACCAGAGCCACUACACAACCAUUGA